CAAGAUGCUGCGGCAGGGUCUGGGCACCAACAUCACCGCUAUCGUCAAUAGAUUGGCCUCAGAAUUGCAGAACACACCAUUUUACAAUGACUUUCUUGCCGAUGUGCAGACAACAAUGGCGACGCAAAACUUCAAUAAGGAAAGGUUCGGUGCAGAAUGCUACGAGUGGGCGCAGGGAACUUCCCUGGACACGCGCCUCCGCAACGCCCUCUACCACCUGAUGCACGUGCAGCCAACCCUCCUGGCCAACCCCGACACGCCCCGCCAUGUCCUGAAAGAGCCGCUCACCUACAUCAGGAAGGCGCAGAGUGCGUGGGAGAGGCGGCUCGUGAAAUGCGUCAACAGCAUGACAGCCGAGCUGGGCGUCCCGCUGUCUAGGCGAAGGACUAAGCAAGAAAAGGAAGAAUUCUCUGAUCGCUGGGCAAGCCUUUCCACAGAGGAGACAGACCUGACGAUGAUCCGGCCCGUGUACGCCCCGAAGGACUUCCUGGAGGUGCUUGCCUCCCUUAGGAACCCCAAUUAUGAUGAAGCCGUAGAGGAAAAUCUUUGGGGCAGCAUACAGCUUCCUUUCAAGGUGAACGACAUCAAAGGCUUGGUGGAGCUGUAUGGAGAGCUGGCUUAUUGCUGCAAACACACGGGUCUGGAUGAGGCUGUGGCGGGUGAGUACAAGACCAACCUGACGCUGGCUGAGGAGAGGCUCAUCUUAGGGCAGAAGGUGGUGGAGAGGAACCACGGACCACUGAGCCGGGAGCUGAUCAAGAGUGGCUGUCCCACUAGCCUCCGUGGUGUGCUGUGGCAUCAGGUGCUCGGCCUAGAAAUCACAGACAAGCAUUACAAGCACUUCGACGAGCUGGUGCAGGCGGUGUUGCAGCACGACCUCCUGGUAGACAAACUUAUUAUGAAGGACAUUCAGCUAACAGCCUCUAAUGAUGACCAGUACUUCGUCUUCGAGGACAUCCUCUUCCAGGUAUUGCUUUGCUUCUUCCGCGAUACUGAAGUGCUGAGUCAUUUCGAGCACAGCAGCGCUUCCCCUCCCCUUGCGGUGGCGCGUGGCAACACCCCUUCGCCUGACGCCCUGGUGGCCUAUCCCCCUUGCGGGGUCAUUCCCUUCCACGGCUUCACCAUGUACGCGGCGCCCUUGAGCUGCUUAUAUGAGGAUCCAGUGCCGCUGUACUUCACCUUCAGGGAGAUGUACUGCCGCUACUGGUACCGCCUGCACAUCGUGACCAGCCACUCCCAGGGAGCUGCUGCUCUGGCACUUCAGUUUGAGCUGCUGCUGCAGAGUUGUGAGACGCGGCUUUGGCAACACUGCUGCGCCAUGAGCAUACAAUUGCUCCCCAUAGUAUUCAAGUGGAUCGUGCGGGCCUUCAGUGGAUACUUGGUGCCGGAUCAACUCUUCCAUCUGUGGGACGUUGUACUCGCAUGGGAGUCGCUUGAGGUGCUGCCUGUCCUCGCUCUCGCCAUCGUCAGUUUUCGGCGAGAAAACCUGAUGGACGUCACUUCUCAGCAAGGAGCUGAGGCGGUGCUGGCGGACAUCACGGCCAUCAGCGUCAUCCCACUGCUCAAGCUGGCUCUGGCUGCAGACAGAGGACGAGAAAGAGACCCCUGAUGAAAAAACAAGCAAGAAAAAGCAAGAAAUGCUGCCAGUUAAUAUCAUAAAGUCGACGGAAGAUCAAGUAUCAUUCCUGGUCGCUGUGGAACUUAGAGAUAGUAUACUUUAAUUUUACCUUAGGUUUCUUGAAUCUUCAACAGCUUGACUUGGUAACCAUUACAUAGGAAGAACUGGGAUUAUAUACAAAAUAUAUUAAAAUUCACUAUAAGAAAACUUAUUCAAUGUGUUGGAAAAGACUGAUCAUAUUUUCUAAAGAGUGUUUUGUUCCUUUGAAGCGAGAAUAGGUGAACAUUUUUUUUUUUUAAUGUGGGUCAAGGUUCUUACAAUUCAUUUAUAGUUCUUAUGAAUUAUUAUCUUUUUUAAGAUUACUGAGGUUAGGAAUUUCUUUAUAUUUUUGGUGUAAGUUAAAGUAUGUGCCCAAGUCCUUGGGCGGGCGGAACCGUCCUACUCCUAUCUCAAAACUAUUGUCCUUUGUCAGGGCAUAGGAGAGGGAGGGAUAACUCACAAGCACUCAGGGUGGCUACGUACCAUCACUACGUAUUGCACAUUUACAUGAAGAAGGAAAACAU